AUGGAUCGUGGCCGCUCUCCCAACCCGGGCGACGCUGCUCAUCACGCUCAUGCUCAUGCUCACGCUCAGGCUCAGCAGCAGCAUAUAAGGCACACAUCCUCAGCUUCGCCUCAUCCGCCGCCCUCAUCUUAUCCCGGCGACAUUGGCAACGGGAAUGCCUUCUUCGACCCCACCACCUCCGCCCCAUUCUCCGCCCUGAACCAGCACGCGACCUCGGGCGCAUUCGGCGACACCACCCUGACGCAGGACUACGCGCAGUAUCCCUUCACCGACUCCAGCGCAUUCGCCUAUCCUCAACAACAGCAGCAGCAAUUCACCAACCCAAACUUGGGAGGCAGCGCGGGCGAUAACGCCUUUCCCUCCUUCGACAUCCCUCCCAACGACUUUGAUCUGUCCAGCAAUACAGCAUUCGACCAGACGGCGUCCCUCGACCCGAGCCUCCUCUCCGAUCUGGACGGUGGCCUACUCACCCCAAACUCCGACUUUAGCCACACCGCAUUCGAAUCCAUGGCCACCACGAUGCAGCCACUGCAGGCCUCCUCGCCCCAUCUCAUGACCGGUAUGAGCAGGCGGCCGUCAGGUACUGCGAGUCCGCAGGCCUCUCCUCGCUUCCAGAAUGGUUCCUUUCAGCAGAAUAUGCACAUGAGCAGGCCGCGGGGAKCAUCGGAGUCGUUGGAUCCAUCAAGCGCCAUGUUUCCACCAGGGCAGCCUGGCGAAUGGUCGGGCAUGGGAGGAUAUCGUUCACACAAGCGCACACCAUCGGAUAAUCUGUCGGACAUAUCCUCAAACCACCAGCAAUCGCCAUACAUGGGCACACUGGAUAGCUUCGAUGUGCCCGGACAUUCCUCCCCAUUGCUCACUUCUUCCCACGAUCCCACAUUCAAUGACACACUUGGUCUGCAGCAGUUCAGUCUGAGCGAGGCCCAGCAAUACAACCGCAGUCCCGGCCACAGUCCGGGACAUUCACCACACAUGAUGCCGCAGCCUCAACACGCGCUUCCUCCUUUCACUGCCGAAAACAACUUUGGACUCAACGCCAAUCUGAACAUUUUCGCCAACAACAACCAACGAGGCGAUAUCGACUUGUUUUCCGGGAAUGGCCAAGAACCUUUCCCGUCAUUGAACACGCAGGGUUCGAGUCCUGGUGCCGAUCACAUGAGCCCACCAGAAAUCAACAUCGACUACGCGCCGCCUACCAGGCCUGUGGACCAGAUGCACCGGGCUGAGRGUUCGCAAGAUGCGCUCAGUCCUCCGCUGCGAACGCCCAAUCGAGCUCGGGCAAAGUCAGACUCCCACGCUGGUUCGAGAUCGCCGUCACCUGCAUUGCGCGGCAGAUCUCCAUCGUUACAACCGCAAGCAGGCGGCGAGAACCUGUCGCCUUUCGACAACACCAAUAGCCGCCCAUCAUCGCGACACAGCUCGCAGUCUCCCGCACGAGGACGGAGUGGCUCACUCAACAAUCGUGUACGAAGUCAUAGCAACUCAUCAGAUCAGCGCGAUUACAUUCUGGAUCUGGCCGAUCCAAAGCGCACUCCCUCCAACGGAGCUGACAAUAAACGUCAGCAAAAGCAUCCAGCGACAUUCCAAUGCACUCUCUGCCCGAAGAGAUUUACGAGGGCGUACAAUCUACGCUCGCAUCUCCGUACCCAUACCGACGAGCGGCCAUUCGUAUGUACAGUCUGCGGCAAAGCGUUCGCACGGCAACACGAUCGGAAACGUCACGAAGGUCUCCACUCGGGCGAGAAGAAGUUCGUGUGUCGUGGCACCCUUCAAGGCGGGACGCAGUGGGGUUGUGGCAGACGGUUCGCUCGCGCAGAUGCUCUCGGUCGCCACUUUCGUUCAGAAGCCGGACGUGUUUGCAUCAAGCCACUCCUCGACGAGGAAGCCGCCGAUCGACAAAAGGCAUGGAUGGAAGAACAGCAGCAAGCCCAAGUAGCUGCAGGUCUUGUAGCGCCGCAGCCCAUGAUGCAGCAACCGCAAGUGGACAUGUUGGGCAGCCUCUUCCCAGCUGCACUUCUGCAGCAGUACCCUGCUCUGGCGGGCAUUGAUUGGAGUAGUAUGCCUCAAGGUCCGCCGMCAGAUGAAGAGGUMUACGGCGGGCRUAGUUCGUAUGAUGCGAGUAGUGGCGGAGAGUACGAAUUCGACGCCUCCGAAUCUGAGAUGAAUACGUACAACGACCAGAGCAUGGGCGGUAUGGGCAAUCAGAACAUGGGCGGCCUGCAGAACCCGCAAGGGAUGUUCCAGACGAACGCAGCCGCCGGGGAUUAUCUCUCGGAUUUUGAAGGGCGAUGA